GAGGAGGAUGCACUGACGAAAAUCGGCAACUUCUUCUACAAGAUCCACUCUGCAUCAGUCAUAACGCGAUACGCGCUGUACAUUCUUCCAGUAGCAGCACUUCUCGCCAUUCCUCUCGUUCUUACCAUGACGACGUACUCGGAUGCCAGAGCCGAUGGGAUCAAACUUGCUGGACUAUUCAUUUGGAUCGAGAUCAUUUGGCUCGCUCUCUGGGUUUGCAAGCUGUUUGCUCAGGCCUGCCCAAUCGUCUUCCAGGCAGCCUGUGGCAUGAUCAGCACUGGCAUUCGUAAAUACUCGCUUGUCCUCAAGGCCCUGGAAAUUCCCCUGUCCCUUCUCUUCUGGUCGAUUGUGUCCUUUGCCACUACCGAUGUGAUUUUCGUCUAUGACAAGGGCGUUUACAACAGUGGCAAGGGCGGAGCUUGGAUCAAGACUCUGAAGACGGUCUGGAAAGCGGGCAUCAUCGUUGCUGCCAUCUUCCUCGUUCAGAAGACUAUCAUGCAGCUGAUUUCUAUCAAUUAUCAUCGCAAGCAAUUUGACCGCAAGAUUCGCGAGAGCAAGAAGCUCAUCCGACUUCUCGAUCUCCUCUACGAUGCCUCCCGACGUCUCUUUCCAGAGUUCGGCAAAGAUUUCGCACACGAAGACGCCGAGAUCCAGAACAGCACUCUUGCCGAAUUCCAGAACGCGCUCGACAAGAACGGAGCCGGAAUUGGAUCAAAGGUUCUGAACAAUGUACACAGAGUUCGUGACAAGGCUACCGCAGCGUUCGGUGCGAUGGCCUCCGACGUUACCGGCCAGCAACUGUUCAGCGCAACCAAUGCUCACUCCAUCGUACUAAAGGCCCUCGAGACUGAGCGAUCCUCCAAAGCUCUCGCAAGACGUUUGUGGCUCUCUUUCGCCGCUGCAGGACAAGACGCAUUGUAUAGGAAAGACAUCAUCGAAGUUCUUGGCUCGGAUUACAUUGAAGAGGCAGAGGAGAUCUUCCAUACGCUCGAUCGUGAUGACAACGGAGACGUCAGCUUGGAAGAGAUGACUCUCCUUAUCGUCGGCGCGGGUCAGGAGCGUAAGGAUCGUGCUACUAGCAUGCAAGACAUCUCUUCCGCCAUCGCAGUCCUCGAUAAGAUGCUCAGUCUCGUAGUCGUCAUCGCCAUCGCCUUCAUCUACGCUACGUUCUUUAGCAAAGCCUUCGCCGCAAAGACCGCUCAGCUCUGGACCUCUUUCACCGGUCUCGCAUUUGCGAUCGGCGGCACCGUCACCGAAUUCCUGUCCUGCUGCAUAUUCCUAUUCGUCAAACACCCCUACGACGUUGGCGAUCGGGUCACAAUCGAGCACCAGGAGCUCAUCGUCAAGCACAUCAGCUUGAUGUACUCCGUCUUUCAGCGCGUAGACAACGAUGGUGUCGUGCAGAUUCCUCACAAUGUUGCCAACAACCUCUGGAUCGAAAACAUUACCCGCAGUCGUCAAAUGAAAGAACGUCUCCACAUCAACGUCGCCGCCACCACAAAGAUGGAAGACAUCGUUGCCCUGCGAAGCGAAAUGGAAAAGUUCAUCACCGCCCCAGAAAACCGUCGCGACUUCCAACCCGACUUCGACAUCGAACUCACCAGCGUAGGCGAUAUGAAAAGCCUCGAACUCCGCGUCGAAGUCCGCCACAAGUCAAACUGGGCCAACGAAAUGCUCCGAAAUCAUCGCCGCAACAAAUUCAUGUGCGAACUUUUGGCCACAAUGCGCAGGAUCCCUAUCGAACCACCAGGAGGUUCCGCCGCGCCUUUGGGAGAUCCUGCAAACCCUGCAUACUCGGUCGCGCUUUCGGAUACUGAGGCGACGGCUGCGAGAGCAGAGAAGGCGAACAAGGUCGAGGCUGGGAGAUUG